UUUCUUCUCUUUUCUUGUUCAAUCUUCAUCAAAAUCUUUUCAAUUUCUAGCUCACCGAUUCACCGCGAAAAAAAUGAAUCUCGGUUGCUUAGAGGAUUGCAUGCUUGUGUCAAACAAACAAAACCCAAAGAUUGUCGUUGAUUCUCCGAUCAACGAAGGGAAGGCCACCGAUGAGUCUUUGGCGUCGUCUUCUUCCAGGACUGGGAAGAAUAAAUCAACCAAAGAUAUCAGUCCCUCAGCAUUGAAUUCUCUAAACAAAUUUACUUCCCAAAUUAAGAAGCCUUCACACAGGAAGAAUUCUCCUUUGAAUUGGUUCCCCCGAAAAAAGAUUGAUUCUUAUUUAAAAAGGAAAAUAAAGAUGCUGCAGGAAGUAGAUGGUAUGAAUUUAACUCUUGAUGAGACCCUGGAAGAUUCAAAUCCUCAUUAUUGUAGGGUUUUGAGAGAAAAAAUGGCAGCAAGAGAGGCUGCACACAAGGCAAUUGAGGCUCGUAAAGCAGCACUGGUAGAAGCUUCUUGGUGUAGAAUACUCCAAGCAGCCAGGAUUCGAAGCACGGAAGCUGAUGAACUGCUGUUGAAAGCUGAGAAAACCGCUGCAGCAGCAUUUGAAACAGCAACAGCUUUGGGAGUGAUAAUGUAUGAUAUUCCUAACUGCGCUAAGAGUACCUGUCAGAUUGAAGCAUCCACGAUAAAUAAAGCAGGUUCUACUACUCAUACCAUUAGAGCAUCUUUUGAAACAGCAUUUGAGGUAGAUAAACAAGUGGCCGCGGCUGUAAAGACUGCUUUCCGGAGGCUUGCAUCCUGCUCCUCUUUUAAUAAAGAUGAAUUUAAAGACCUGCUAAGGAAAAUCAAUGAGAAUCCAGAUACAGGUUAUAACAAUCUGAAGUCAGCAGAGAUCUCUUCAGAAUGUCAAUCAUCAGAGGCAGCUUCAGAACUUGAGGCAUUGACUCAAGAAGAUGGUUUCAAGUCUGAAGACUUCAAUUGCAAGAUGUCAGCUUCAAAGACUAGAGAGAAGAAAGCUAAGAGGAGGCAAUCUCUUGAAAAACUCAACCCGGAAAAGCUUGUAGAGAUUAUGGUUGAGAGGCUUAAAUGUUUACAAGAGGAUGAACUGUCAUCGCUUGCUACAAUAGUUGCAACUUGUGGUUUAAAUGCUGCCUUAGCGGAAGUAGAACAUACUAAGCUUCAUCCCUCUGCUUCAGCUCUUAAUUUUGAUAGAAGAGCAUCUUCCAUUGGAGCUGGAACUGUAAGAAAAACUAACCAAACUGGACAGCAUGACUCUGAACUCCCGAGUCUGGACAAGUUUUUGGUUAAGCACACGACCAAGCUUGAACUAGAGGUACAAGAAGCCAGGAGCAGAAGGAACGAAUCUAAAGAUGAAAGUGGGCAUACACUUGUGAAGCAUUCUUUAAAUUCCGAGGAAGAUAUUCAGGCGAACGAAAAAAGUUUCAAUGAGAAUUCUGGGGUGGAUCGUAGAAAGUCAGAUGCAGAUAUUUCUGUUGAGGUCGUUCCCGACUUGGGAAGAAUAUUGGUUAAGCAUUCCUCAAAACUUGAAAAGGAAAUUCAAGAGGCAAAAAGGAAUCAUGGCAACACAUAUGAGCGCAGAGGAGUGUCAAAUGGGGGGACUAAACAAAAGAAAGGUGAUAUCGUAGAAGUACCAAGUCUGGAUAAGUUUCUGGUGAAACAUGUCUCAAGGCUAGAAAGAGAAGUUGAGGAAGCAAAAAGCAGAAGAAAAAAUAAUCUAGUCGAGAAAGGCAAGGAGGCUAAUGGAGAAGAAUUUGGUAAGGAAAAUAUCAACUUCAAUAAGGAAGUAAAUAGAACUGAAAGCGAAGAUAGCCUGGAUAAAAUCCUGGUUAAGCCUAGGAACCACAAAAAACAAGGAGGAACCCAUGUCACAGAUUGUGAGAGUUUGGACAAAGUUUUAGUUAAGCAUGUUUCUAGACUAGAGAAAGAGAAAUUGAGGUUCAACGCAAAUGAAGAAGAAAUGGUGAAAGUAAAGAAGAGGGGAGGUGUAAACAUGACACCGGUGGAUGAUCAAGGUAGUUUGGAUCAAAUUUUGGUUAAACACAAAUCAAAGUUAGAGAAAGAGAAGAUGGCAACUGGUGAGAAACCAAGUGAACAGAUUAGAUUCUCUGUAUCUCGUAGAGAAGCAAGGGAGAGAGAGUUGCAAGAAGAUUGUGAGAGUUUGGACAAAGUUUUAGUUAAGCAUGUUUCUAGACUAGAGAAAGAGAAAUUGAGGUUCAAUGCAAAUGAAGAAGAAAUGGUGAAAGUAAAGAAGAGGGGAGGUGUAAACAUGACACCUGUGGAUGAUCAAGGUAGUUUGGAUCAAAUUUUGGUUAAACACAAAUCAAAGUUAGAGAAAGAGAAGAUGGCAACUGGUGAGCAACCAAGUGAACAGAUUAGAUUCUCUGUAUCUCGUAGAGAAGCAAGGGAGAGAGAGUUGCAAGAAGCAUGGGGAGGCUUAAGCUUAGGAAACUCCAUGAAGCCACAUUUAUCCAGACUUGAACGAGACAAGGCUGCUUGGAAAAAGGCAGAAGAGGAGGAAAGAAUGCAGGCCGUGAUGGAGUAGUAGGACAUGCCCAUAGUUGACUUGCUUUUUCCCCCCCCUUCUUUUGUUCAAUUUAUGAAUAUCAAUUUGUAUAAGAAGACUGCUUCUUUCUUAAGA